UAAAGAACUAAUCACUAAUUACUGAUUACUAAGUAUAUACCAUACAAUUAAUAUGACUCAAGACUUAGAGGAGCCUCAAGGUCAAGCUAUUCAAAAUACUUAUGAGUCCCAGACUCAACCUCAGGGUCAGAAAUGGAAACCUUCAUCAGCAGAUAUGCAACAUUAUUAUGAAAGACUCUUACCAUUUCGAUAUGUAUUUCAAUGGUUAAGUCAUUCACCUAAACCAACUAAAGAUUUCACCAUGAGAGAAUUUGCAUAUGAACAUAGAUCAGGAGCAUAUCAACGUUAUAAUUCAUUUGAAAGUCAAGAAGAAUUUAAAAAAUCAGUAGUUAAUGCUAAUCCAACUAGAUUUGAAAUUGGUGCCGUAUAUACUGUUAAUCCUAAAGAAAGAAGAAAUUUACCAAAAAAUGCAUUAAAACCAAUAUCAAAAGAACUUGUGUUUGAUAUUGAUUUAACUGAUUAUGAUGAUAUUAGAACUUGUUGUCAAGGAACUGAUAUUUGUAUGAAAUGUUGGAAAUUUAUUAGAGUUGGAUCAAAGAUUAUUGAAUCAGCUUUACGAGAUGAUUUUGGAUUUAAACAUCUAGUAUGGGUUUUUUCUGGUAGAAGAGGAGCACAUUGUUGGAUUAGUGAUUCAAGAGCAAGAAAUUUAGAUGAAUUAACUCGUAAAGCAAUAGUUGAAUAUAUGGAUGUUUUAUCAAGUAUACGUGGAAAUAAUAAAUUUAUGAAAAAGAUUAAAAAACCUUAUCAUCCUCAUGUUGAAAGAUCUUUUAAUUAUUUAAAACAAGAAUUUAUUGAUAUAAUUCUUGAAGAUCAAGAACCUUGGUUAACUUCAUCUACUACACCGAAGGAUGCCAAAGCUUGGACUCAAAUUGAAGAACUUUUAUCAUUUAUACCUGAAAAAUCAUUACAAAUAGAAUUACGUAAUAAAUGGAUUAAUCAAAAUUCAUUAUCAACUUCUAAAACUAAAUGGGAAGAUAUUAAUGAAGUAGCUAAAAGAGUAUUGAAAACUCAAAUUCAAGUAUUACAAUUAAAUGAAGCUAAAAAGGAUAUUAUUAUUUAUUAUAUGUAUCCAAGAUUAGAUGUAGAAGUUUCAAGACAAAUGAUUCAUUUAUUAAAAUCUCCAUUUUGUAUUCAUCCUGGUACUGGGAAUGUAUGUGUACCAUUUGAUCCUAGUAAAAAUAUAUCUAAUAAUUCUGAAGAUGAUGAAUAUGGAUUUAAUCCAACAACUGCACCUAACUUGAAAUUAAUUCAAAGUGAAUUAGAAGAAUGGGAUAGAAAACCAAAGAAUUCCAAUGAAAAUGAAAAUGAAAAAAGAUUAGCAGAUUAUGAAAAGACAAGCUUAAAGCCUUAUAUUGAUUAUUUUGCCAAAUUCGUCAAUGAAUUAAUAAAGGAAGAAUUAAGUGGAAAGAGAAGUAGAGAAGAUGAUUCACUCGAGUUUUAGGUUAUCUAUAUAUAU